AUGGAAGAGGCGGGCAAAGUGGAGCUGUACAUAACCUAUCAGGUGUACUGUGCCUCGUGGAAACCGUGUUACGACAUUCGUGCCUCGUCGACCGAAGAGGAGGAUGAGCAGCAGAUCGGCGCGAGCUCGGUGCAACUGUGCUACUACGGACUCGUCGAGCAGAACACUGGCGACGACUGGAAGGACUGCGACAUUGUGCUGUCGACGUGCUCGGCGAGCCUCGGCGGCUCCCCGCCGCCGCUUUCGACGCUCUCCGCAUCACUGUACAGCUCGCGGAGCACGCGGAGACAUCACGCGAGCUCGGCGGUCCGCAGAAAGCCGCCGCUUUCGGUGCCGUCGGAGGAGGACAUGGGCUUCGGCUCGUUCGAUUAUAACGAGAUUGUCGACGCGGGCGCCCUCCACCGCUUCCACACCGGACAGCACAGCCGCAGCAGCGAGGAGAACUCGGUGAGCACGCAGGCGCUCGAGAGCACCGUCUCCACGUGCUUCUCCGUCCCGAGAACCGUCACGAUUCUCAGCAACGCCGUCGAGCACAAACUGCUCAUUUCCAAGGUGGGCUUUCUCGGCCGUGCCUAACUUUGUCCAACUUUCAGAGCGAACUAUCGUGUGCGUUCUCCCACGAGACGGUUCCAUCGCGCUCGACGAGUGCCUAUCUCUCGGCACUCAUCACCAACACCUCGCAACUUCCGCUGCUGCCCGGCGCCGCCGCCGUCUACGUCAACAAUUGUUUUGUGACCAAAGUAGGGUAGUUGUACAGUGUACAUCUGAAGCGCCGGCCCCUCUUUUUUACGUUUCAGACCCACUUGCGUCUGGUCUCGCCGGGCGAGGAGUUUCGCUGCAAUAUGGGUGUCGAUCCGUCGGUGAAGGUCGAGUACAAAACGCCCACAGUGUCCUAUGAACAGGUUUGAUAGAAAAUGAACUUGAAAUAUUGAAGAUCAAAUGAUUUAGGUGGGGUUCAUGUCGAAGAGCACUCUGAUGACACACGAGCAGUUGAUCAGUGUGCGAAGUGCGAAAGUACGACAGAGCGUGAGGAUUACGGUUAAGGAGCAAAUACCGAAGAGUCACGAUGACAAGAUUAAGGUAAAAUCAUAAUCAGUAGGAGUUUUCGAGUCGAGAAUAAAAAUGUAUCAUCCGCAACUUCAGACCCGCCCCAGCUAUCCUUCUCACAAGAAAUUGCGGUUCUAGGUAACGCUCUAUCUCUAGCAGAGCCUACGCUUUUUGGGAUUUUCUGAGCCACCCUUAGAAUUUCUAGGCCACCACCCUCGGGCAUUCCUACGCCACCUCAUCAAAAUGGUAUUCAGGUCUCAAUCGUGUCCCCGGAAAUUAAAAACUCGUCGUCGAAAGCGUCAGCGUCAUCGCCGCCCGACGCUCGUCUCAACAAAGAUCACAAUCUGGAGUGGUGCGUCGUGUUGGCGCCCGGCCAGCACCGACUUUUGCCCGUUCGCUACACCAUCGAACAUCCGGCAUCGGAAUCGUUGAGCUACAAACUCAAAUAA